CAGGGACCGCUCCACCUCGUCCGUGGUCCCGCCCACCCAGGCCGCAAGAGCUGCCGGGACGGUCCCCAUCUUCUUGGAGCGCUUUAGGCUGGCCGGCGGCGCUUGGAAGUGGAGUCGUUGCUGUUGCUCUUUGUGAGCCUGUGGCGCGGCUUCUGUGGGCUGGAACCUUGAAGAUAGCCGCAAUGGCUGAAAAUGGUGAUAAUGAAAAGAUGGCUGCCCUGGAGGCCAAAAUCUGUCAUCAAAUUGAGUAUUAUUUUGGCGACUUCAAUUUGCCACGGGACAAGUUUCUAAAGGAACAGAUAAAACUGGAUGAAGGCUGGGUACCUUUGGAGAUAAUGAUAAAAUUCAACAGGUUGAACCGUCUAACAACAGACUUUAAUGUAAUUGUGGAAGCAUUGAGCAAAUCCAAGGCAGAACUCAUGGAAAUCAGUGAAGAUAAAACUAAAAUCAGAAGGUCUCCAAGCAAACCCCUACCUGAAGUGACUGAUGAGUAUAAAAAUGAUGUAAAAAACAGAUCUGUUUAUAUUAAAGGCUUCCCAACUGAUGCAACUCUUGAUGACAUAAAAGAAUGGUUAGAAGAUAAAGGUCAAGUACUAAAUAUUCAGAUGAGAAGAACAUUGCAUAAAGCAUUUAAGGGAUCAAUUUUUGUUGUGUUUGAUAGCAUUGAAUCUGCUAAGAAAUUUGUAGAGACCCCUGGCCAGAAGUACAAAGAAACAGACCUGCUAAUACUUUUCAAGGACGAUUACUUUGCCAAAAAAAAUGAAGAAAGAAAACAAAAUAAAGUGGAAGCUAAAUUAAGAGCUAAACAGGAGCAAGAAGCAAAACAAAAGUUAGAAGAAGAUGCUGAAAUGAAAUCUCUAGAAGAAAAGAUUGGAUGCUUGCUGAAAUUUUCAGGUGAUUUAGAUGAUCAGACCUGUAGAGAAGAUUUACACAUACUUUUCUCAAAUCAUGGUGAAAUAAAAUGGAUAGACUUCGUCAGAGGAGCAAAAGAGGGGAUAAUUCUAUUUAAAGAAAAAGCCAAGGAAGCAUUGGGUAAAGCCAAAGAUGCAAAUAAUGGUAACCUACAAUUAAGGAACAAAGAAGUGACUUGGGAAGUACUAGAAGGAGAGGUGGAAAAAGAAGCACUGAAAAAAAUAAUAGAAGACCAACAAGAAUCCCUAAACAAAUGGAAGUCAAAAGGUCGUAGAUUUAAAGGAAAAGGAAAGGGUAAUAAAGCUGCCCAGCCUGGGUCUGGUAAAGGAAAAGUACAGUUUCAGGGCAAGAAAACGAAAUUUGCUAGUGAUGAUGAACAUGAUGAACAUGAUGAAAAUGGUGCAACUGGACCUGUGAAAAGAGCAAGAGAAGAAACAGACAAAGAAGAACCUGCAUCCAAACAACAGAAAACAGAAAAUGGUGCUGGAGACCAGUAGUUUAGUAAACCAAUUUUUUAUUCAUUUUAAAUAGGUUUUAAACUACUUUUGUUUGUGGGGGCUUUUAAAAGGAAAACCGAAUUAGGUCCACUUCAAUGUCCACCUGUGAGAAAGGAAAAAUUUUUUUUGUUGUUUAACUUGUCUUUUUGUUAUGCAAAUGAGAUUUCUUUGAAUGUAUUGUUCUGUUUGUGUUAUUUCAGAUGAUUCAAAUAUCAAAAGGAAGAUUCUUCCAUUAAAUUGCCUUUGUAAUAUGAGAAUGUAUUAGUACAAACUAAUAAAAUAUAUACUAUAUGAAAAGAGCAAAAA